GUAAUAAAGAACAGUGAUUCGUGGUAUGUAACAUGGUAGAGUGGAUUCAGUUGAUGGAAGGGCUUGACAAAUAAUGUGGCUAAUGUUCAGUGAAAUCUGACUAACGGUGCAAUAAUUGCAGAAUUGCCUUCGGGAACUACUGUUUGACAAUUUUGAACACUUAAAUAAUUGUAAAUCUUCCUUUGACAGAGAGCGGGGCUUACGAACGCAUAGACUGGUAAAAAUUUUGCGUAAAUUUGGUGAUCGCCGUCGAAAGAAUAUACGUCUAUGGGAUAAAUUUUGAGUCACUACUGGGGGAAAUUCCGAUUCCUGGUCGCAUUACCCCAAAUUUGAUCAAUCUUAUCCCUCAGUUGGUGGGCUGGAUUCAGUAUAAGAAUUCAUAUCUUUAAUGGAUGUUGAGUCGCCAGAGUCCGAACAGUUGUCGGUCGAGGAAUACAAAAAUCAAGGAAACUCAUGUUAUAAACAAGGGAUGUACAAUGAAGCUAUAGCAUGGUACACAAAAGGCAUAGACAUCGAUAGUACUAAUGUGUUUCUGUACAAUAACCGCUCCGCAGCUUACCUGAUGAUUAAUAAACCUCUUGAUGCUUAUAAAGAUGCUAGCAGAAGUAUCAGUUUAGAUUCCCAGAAUGUAAAAUCUAUACUACGUGGUCUAAAAUGUUGUCUUAUUUUGGGUGAUUUAAAUGAAGCCAAACGUCUAUGUUGUAUGGUUAGACAGUUAGAACCAACUAAUACGGAAUUCUCGUCAUUGCUGCAAAAAAUUGAAUUACUUUCAGAAACUCACCGAUCUUACGAAGAUAAAUUAUCCACAUCUGACUUCCGACACGCUCUUCAUUUAAUCACAAAGUGUAUUGAAUUAGCUCCAGCUUCAUUAAGUUUCAAUUUACAAAGGCUGAGCAUUCUCAUUCAAUUAAAAAGGUUCACUGAAGCCAAGAGUUUGGUUGAAAACUUAUUACAUUCUCAUUCUUCAUCAGUUGAUCUACUUUUUUAUCGAGGCCUGUGCUUGUAUUAUUUGGAUCAUUUAGAUAAAGCAACUAUUCAUUUUCAACAUGUUUUACGCCUUCAUCCAGAUCAUAUAGAAACUCAGAAAGCGUACAAGCGUGCGAAAAAUCUCUUGAAAUUUAAAGAAGAAGGGAACACAUUUAUACAUGAUCACAAAUAUUCUCAAGCACUUGAAGCCUACACGAAAGCUUUGGAAGUGGAUCCUUCACACGAUAUGAUCAACGCAAAAUUGUACUGUAAUCGUGCUUGUGCUCUAUUUUACCUUGAUCGUUUUGAGGAAGCCCUAAACGAUUGUGAUAACGCAAUUUCUUUGGAACCAAACUAUUUAAAGGCUCGAAUCCGACGAGCUAAGUGUUAUUCAUCUCUUGAAGAAUAUGAAAAAGCUGUUGAAGAAUGGACUGCAGUAGUAAAAUUAGACGGAUCACGAGAAAAUAAAAAAUCUUUACAAGCUGCUAAGUCUGCUCUUUCCGUGUCUCAACGUGAUUACUAUAAAAUACUUGGUUUGAAAAAGAAUGCCUCUUCCGAUGAUAUAAAACAAGCGUAUAGAAAAAGUGCACUUUUAUAUCAUCCAGAUCGUCAUACAAGUGCUGAUGAAGCUACUGUAAAAGAAAAGGAACGGAAAUUUAAAGAGAUUGGAGAAGCCUACAGUAUAUUAUCAGAUCCUGUAAAACGUCGUCAAUAUGACAAUGGUGAACUGUCGGGAGAUGAUGCUUUUGGUCAAGGAAAUGUAUCCGCCCACAAUUUGUUUACUCAAGUCUUUCCUGGAUUUGGAACAUCUACAGUACAUUUUUAUUUUGGUUAAUAAUCCAUACAUUGGUGUAUACAAUUAGUGCCGGAGUUAUUCUACAUCAGGUUGUAGCUGUAACAAACCUUCCUCUCUGUUUAUGUACAAAAAUUUGGCGACGAAAUACAUUGUUUAUUUAUCACAUAUCUUUGUGGUUAAUGCUUCGCCUCUGUUAGACACAUAGUUGUUGAUACUAAUACUUAUACGAGUGUCUGUAUGUGGGUGAACAAUUUUAAAUCGAUGAUUAACGUAAUAUCGAAAAUGAUUUACUGGGUAUAUUAUUUAAUUUUAAAAUGUUCUUUAAUUCAUGCAUAUUCAGUAUGCAUAUAUAUAUAUAUAUAUAUAUAUAUAUAUAUAUAUAUAUAUAUAUAUAUAUAUAUAUUAGAAAUUUCGCUCGCUAAUAAUAAUGAAAUGAAUGAAAUAGUCGUUUUUCAAAUGUACUGUCAAACUAUUUAGUGUUCCUUUUCUCUUUUAAAAGUGAUUUUCAAUGAUAAAUGGAUUAACUUAAUGCUAUCAAAAUGGUUUUAUUCAUUUUCUUCCGUUCUUACUCUCUUUCAUACUUGUUUUUGGAACUAACUCAAUAGUGACUAAAUAAAUUAACCUUAUUCAAUAACCCACUUUAAAUUUUGAUGGUAGGAAAAUUAAUGUUUCAAGUAAUUAGAACCAUCUGUCUGUCAUGAUUUAGAAUGCCUACCGAUGUUAUAAGUAGAUCAGUCACUUUUUCUUAUGUAUACAGUCAGGUGAAUAAAACAAACUUCUGUAACGAUAUUCAAUUGGAUAACUGAAUAAUUUUCAGUUAGUCCAUAUACAAGGUAAAACCUGGCAUACUUGCAUCUAUUCAAAGUAGCAUGCAGUAUUAGCACAGAAGAAUACAAUUAUCUGAACCGAUACCAGAGCGGUAGAAAAGAUUACGUAUAUAAAGAAGAAUGCAUAAAAUCGGUCUCAGUUUUUUAACUGCAAUAAUACUUAACGUAACUGAUACAACUAAAUCAUGGAUAACUCAUAUAUAUAUA